AAAAGGAAAAUUUCCCCACUUGGAAAGCCCCCAAGGCCCCAUCCUUCGUUGCUCACUUCUCUGCCAUUUUACUCAUACCCUCGGACUCUGUUUUAUUGGACUUACUCGUGUUCCCAGCAAUUCAAUUUCCAUUUUCCAGGCUCCUUCCCUAUAUCUCUGUGAUUUCUCUGAUCGUUGUUUGUUUUCUCCAUUCUCUUUCCGAUUUCUUCAAAUGACGUCGUCUCAGGAGCAUGACAUGGAUCAAGACGACGAUGGCGGAACUUCCGACCUCAGCACCAGCGCCGGGGAUCCCGCGGCCAUCAACACCGACAGGAACAAUGGACCUUCGAAGGGGCCCGUCUCGGACGAUCCCAUGGCUUUCCAGGUCUUGCCGUUGAAGGAGGAGCCCCUUGAUUCGGAUACGCCGUCAGACCAAGAACAAAAGACGCAGCCUUCCUCGUCUGCUCCGAUUGGAGUCGUUCCUGUCGCGAUGCAGAUGCAAAUGCCCCUGACUAUGCCCAUGUCCAUGCCGGUCUCCACGGCGAGACGCUCCUCAGCCAAGGACCGUCACACGAAGGUGGAAGGCCGCGGACGUAGGAUCCGAAUACCCGCCACUUGCGCGGCUCGGAUCUUCCAGCUGACUCGGGAGUUAGGUCAUAAAUCUGAUGGCGAGACCGUUCGGUGGCUCCUCGAACGCGCGGAGCAGGCUAUCAUCGAGGCCACCGGCUCCGGCACCGUCCCAGCCAUCGCUGUCUCCGUUGGGGGAACUCUAAAGAUUCCCACAACGUCUAGCGCCAACAGCAAUCCGGACUCCGAACUCAGGAAGAAGCGGAAAAGGCCGUCGAAUAGCGAGUUUGUGGACGUGAGUGAAGCCGUUUCACAAUCGUCCGGUUUGGCCCCGGUUCAAUCGGCUCUCCCGCACGGCCUAGUGCCUCUGUGGGCAGUGGGCAACACUAAUAUGAUGAUCCCGGCGAACGCCUUUUGGAUGAUCCCUCCUGCGGCGGCGGCGGCGACGCCAGCGGGUGGAAGUACGGGAUCGUCAAACCAACCACCUCAGAUAUGGACUUUGUCGCCGACGGUGACGCCUGUAUUGAAUGUGUCAGCCAGACCCGUAUCAUCUCUGGUGGCAGCAAUAACAAAUACCUCGAGCGGCAUGGAAGUCUCGCCAGUGGGAUGCAAUAAUUCGUCCAACUCAGCGGCGGUGAGUACGAGCAUGGUGGGGCCAACGGCGGCGAAGAAAUCGACGAUGGCACCGAGCGUUAGUUGUAGCGGGGCGACGGGCGGUAGUAGUAGCGGCGGCAGCAAGGCCCAGAUGCUGAGGGAUUUUUCAUUGGAGAUUUACGAUAAGCAAGAGUUGCAGUUGAUGGGGCGGUCAGCGAAUAAACAAGCGUAAGCUUCAAAUCAAUCAAGGGGACUGGCUUCCACUAACUGAAAAGCUGUUGAAAUAGAAAGAAUAAUAAAUGACAUGGGAAGCCUUUUCUCUUUAUUUUACUGUCGUUUGUACUUGGAACUUUCAAUGAAUGGAGCCAGCAAUUUUGACGUCGGAGCAGCUUAAGCGAUAUUAUUGUGUGUUUUUGACCUUUUGUUUUCUAUAGAGGAUUUGGUACACAACCCAGAAACACACGUUUGAAAUGCAGUUGCAGUGAUAAGCGAAGUAGGCUACUGGGCUUUGCGUACACUUUCUGCAAUCAAUGUUCAACUACUGGUCUGGUAUUCAUUACAGGGGAGAGCAAGGAAAGAAGAAAGGAAAGAAGCAGGAUCCGUGAGAAGUUUAUUAAAAGAGAAAUAGGAGUGAGGAUGAGGCACACGUGGGGAGGGAGAGAAGAGUACGGACUACGGAGGCUUUUUGGGCUUCAAGCACGUGGAUGGAUAGGCCGACACGUGUGAAAGUGAGUGGUGGUCUGGCCCACCUUCCACUAACUGAUUUUGUAUUUUUGGGGGAAUAGGGAACGCAGCUUGUAAAUAAGGUGAGAGAGAGGUUGACGAAGUGGUGGUGAGGAUGUGCCGUGACCUGUGAUUGUAGUUCAUCACUUUAUAUAUUUAAUUAUUUAUCUCUUUCUAUAUAAA